AACUACCGGCCUAGCCACCAGGUCGACUCCGGGCCAUACGGCUAGUCGCCGACGCUAACAAGGUCAGAGAUUCAGGUCUGCUGCUCUCCGUCCAAUCAUGCCCCGGUGGACAUGCACGGGGCUGCCGAUCCCUCAAGGCCUGCAGGGUGCUAGGAUGCCGUCCCGUGGGGAUGGCCUCAUCGGUCGGACAACCGUCGUACUGCACGCUCCACGGGGUCUCCCCUCGCCAAUCUCCUUGCGCGCAUUGUUAAGACCACCCCUCCACGGUCGCGGGGACGGCCCCUCGUGCCCCUGCAGGUCUUCUUCCAUUGGCGACCGAUUAACCGUCUAGUGAAGUCGCGAUGCUAUAGACGAAGCCAUGCCAAGUCCAUGCUCCCAGCACGUGGGAGGGUGCACCACAGACAAUGUCCGCUAUAAGAAGCAUGGAAGCAACCUCCUAUCCAGUUUGUUGUAUCUGGUACGGUAAUCCCUUUCAGUCCUCCACCAUGCAUCCCAGUGCCUUCCUCGGCCUCUUGGCCUUUGCGGCCGCGGCGGGAGCCAUUCCCAGCCAGCCCCGACGGGCGCACUCGGACAGCUCCAUCCAGAACCUCAAGUCCAAGAUCAAGAGUGUGGUGGUGCUGGUGAUGGAGAACCGCUCCGUCGACAACCUGCUGGGAGGCCAGACCAUCCGGGGCUUGGAGAACCCCAUCAACAACGGGCCCUUCUGUAACCCGUACAAUGUCUCCAACCUCGCCGAGGGCGUCGUGUGCAGUGCAGCCCGGGACUACGACUCCGUGACCGAUGACCCGGAUCACGCGGUCUAUGGGAACAACUUCGAGUUCUAUGGCACCUUCAACCCGGACAACAGCGCCAUCGCGGCAGGCAAGCUGACCCCGACCCAGCAGGGCUUCGUCCAGGAGCAGCUGCGCCUCUACAGCGCCGAUGCCAACCGCACGGAGCUGUCGGUGCAGGUCAUGAACUACUACACCGAGGAUCAGGUGCCGGUCAUCACCUCGCUAGUCGAGAACUUCGUGGUCUUCAACCACUGGCACUCGGACAUCCCGGGCCCCACCGAUCCCAAUCGUGCGGCACUCGUGUCCGGCACCUCCUACGGCCACGGUGACAACGACGAUGCUUUCAGCGAGCACGCCUUCCCCCAGCGCUCCAUCUUCCAGCAGUUGACCGAGACCGGCCACUCCUGGAUCAACUACUACGACACCGCGGGCGGAACCGGUCCCGAUGCCGGCUUUUUCAACUGGACCUACACCACCAACAACACCGACAAGAUCCGGCCCCUGGCCAACUUCUACACCGAUGCCGCCGCCGGCGCCCUGCCCGAGUUCACCUACAUCAACCCCUCGUGCUGCGGCGUGGGCACCAACUCCAUGCACCCGAGCGGAUUGAUCUCCGACGGCGAGAAGCUGAUCAAGGACGUCUACGACGCGCUCCGUGCCGGGCCCCAAUGGGGCGAGACGCUCUUCAUCCUGAGCUUUGACGAGACCGGCGGCUUCCACGACCACGUCCCCCCGCCGUUGGCGCCCCGGCCGGACAACUUGACCUACACGGCCACCACCCCCACUGGCGAGCGCUAUACCCUCGACUUCAACCGUCUGGGCGGACGCAUCCCCACCUUCUUGAUCUCCCCGUGGGUCGCUAAGGGCUACGUGGAGCAAAGGGGCACGAAUGUCGGGGGGAAGACCGUCUCCUACUCCGCCUCGUCCAUCCUCCGUACCCUGGGCUACCUGUGGGACUUUGAGCCGUUCACCCCGCGGGUCGAGGAGGCGCCCUCCUUCGAGCAUCUCGUCCAGACGCGCGCCCGGAACAACACCCCGACUGCGCUGCCCAGUCCGGUGGCCUUCCGGAAGUAGAGGUUGAUGCUGGCGUCGACGAGUUGUUUGAUGUGUACAUGAUUUCUCGCGGUUGGCGGGAUGGAUGAGCUUAGAAAGGAAUGAUUAGCAUAAAUGAUGAUGAUGAAUGAUGA